CACCUCUUGGUCAUCGACCACGACGAUGGCCUCGGCCGCCAAUUCUCUUGCUCUGAGGGACGUCAUCAAUCCUCAAUUCCACCAGAAUAAUUUCCCGGCAGAGCUUUAUAUCAAGUCGCAGCUUGGUAUCAAGCUCGACAAGGAUGACCAAAUUUGUCGUUUGUCACUAACCUCUGCAGGCUGUCCACUCGGUCCUCUGCACUGCCCCCUACGCCAUACCACGCCAUCCAUCCAAAAUUUCCAGCCGCCAAAACAAAUACCUACCCAUCCUCGCGACAGGGAGCGUCUUUCGACUGUCUGCAAGCAUUGGCUUCGAGGUCUUUGCAAGAAGGGAGAUGCGUGCGAGUUCUUGCACGAGUACAAUCUCAGGCGGAUGCCUGAAUGUUGGUGGUAUGCCAAGUACGGAUAUUGUUCAGCUGGAGAUGAGUGCCUAUAUGCCCAUCCCAAGGAACGCAAGGUUGAAUGUCCAGACUACAAAAGAGGCUUUUGCAAGCUAGGUCCUGAAUGUCCUCGAAAACAUGUGCGGCGCGUAGCGUGUCAGUUAUAUCUCACCGGAAUGUGUCCGUUGGGUCCUGAAUGUCCAAGAGGACACCCCAAAUCCGAUUUACCGACUCAAAAGGACUACGAUCCGCCUAUUGCUCCCACCAGGGAUCUCGGUCCUCCUCCACCAGGGUACGGUCGAUAUUCCGACUUUGAUCGUGCCCCUGGUUCUGGUCCAGGGUUCGGCAACAAUCCCACCUCCAUGCCGCCCAGGAGGAAUUUGGAUGAAGUUUUAUGCUUCAAGUGCGGGGAGAAGGGGCAUUACGCCAAUCACUGCCGAAACAGAAACGUUCCUGGCAGUCGUGGUGGAGUAGAAAGAAGACGGUACGGUGGUGAGGAUUGAUAUCGCCUAUUACAUAUGCACUGGUC